AAGUGGCUCCGGAAUAAUCCCUCCUCCCCCCCCCUCUUGCUGCUGAUGCUGUGUGACACCAUUCGCGAAGGCUCUCGCUCCCUCUCUCGCUGCGUGCGUAUUCUUGGCCGCUCUGAACCCCAACUAAAGACUGUUUAGAUACAAUACCGCGACGACUGUUGUGGCGAUUGCUCUGCGCUGCUGCCCUUUUGAAAAGAACGUUUCGUCAUGAGGAUUCCGUGCGCGCUGCCUCUGUUGUGGUGCUUCCUCCACCUGGCGCGAUCCUUCAUCGCCCGAGACCCCGAGGAUGGAAGCAUCUGCGUCGUUGCCAACGUGUCAGCGCAAUUCCAGGUCCAGUACGAGCUCGAGGACGGCUCGAUGGGAAUGGCGACCUUUGACCUCCCGCUGAACGCGUCCACGGUGGGCACCGAGUGCGGUGGUGGCGGGCGCGACGUGGACCUGACGCUGAGCUUCAGCAAGUGGCGGCACACGCUCUCCGUCGUCAUGAACCACAACGACACCUCUUUCCGCGGCGACGCGUGGCACUUCGUGUACAACCUCGGCGACCCAGAAAUCUUCCCCAGCGCCAGAGACAAAGAUAUCAAGGUGGUCUUGUUCGAGAGCGACAUCGCGGCUCCGCUCAACACGGCGUUCACUUGCUGGGCCAAGCAGUCGGUCACCUCCAAGCACGCCUCCGUCACGCUGUGGAACCUGCGCAUACAGCCCUACGUGGUCGACGACGAAAUCAGCAACGUGGCGACUCACUGCAAGGAGGACUUUCCGCUCACGACCCCCUCGACUUCUACCACUGCGACCCCGAGCCCCGCGACCCCGAGCUCCGUGACCCCGAGCUCCGUGACCCCAAGUCCCGGCCCCGCGAACCCGAGCCCAAGCCCCACGGGCCCUCCGCCGGCCGUCCCCGUCGGCUCCUACAACAUCAGCGUGGGCAACCGCAGCUGCCUGCUGGCGCAGAUGGCGCUGCAGGUGGUGCUGGUGUACAGCACGAUGCGCAAUGAGACGCGGCGCGGCGUUUUCCACGUGAACCCCAACGCGACGAGUGCCACAGGUUCGUGCGGCGACGCGACGGCCAGCCUCUCGCUCUCCUUCAGCCAGGGCGCCGUGUUCCUCGGCUUCAGCGCGAACAAAUCCACGGACAAGUUCUACCUCACGUCGGUCAACGUGACGCUGCUCGACGCGUUCCCGGACGCGCCGUGGCUGGAGUUGGCGGGGCGCAAUGGGAGCCUGGCGAUGUUCGCGGCGCCGCUCGGCCGCUCCUACAGCUGUGCGAGCGAGCAGACGGUGGUGGUGACGCCCGAGUUGGAGCUGCUCGUCUCCCACCUGCACCUGCAGCCCUUCCACGUGACGAAGGGGCGCUACGACAUGGCCGUGAGCUGCCCCCAGGACUCUCUGCUGGGCUUCGUGCUGCCCCUCGUGGUUGGCGCCGGGCUGAUAGUCCUCGUCUUCAUCUCCGUGCUCGCGUACGGCAUCGGGCGGAAGAAGAGCCGCACCACCUACGAUGAGAUCUGAGGCCGCUCGGCGAUUUCGGCGGGGGACGAAGACGUGUUCUGGUGGUUGUUUUUUUUGGGUCCCUGCCGAUUUUUGUUGCCGCACAGUCCGCGCAAGGGAAUCGUUCCCAUCUCGAUGACCGACCCUACGGUGUGCGUUUACGCGGUUGUGCUGUAUAAUCUCUCCGCGCGUUUCGGGUUGCACCGUGCGGUGUUCCGCAUGUCUGACGUGUCACUCGCCAUCCCAUCCCGCGCGGUGGGCGCUUAAAUUAUUAAACAUUUUCCGAGGAAGCCGUCUCAGUCCGGUGGAACACAAUUUCGGCCAUCGUGCCAAGCCACACGCGGUGCGACCCACAACGAAGGCCCGGAGGAGGAUUGUUUCGCACGCUUCCGUAAAGUUUGGAAAGGAGCCGUCGUCGGGUUGAUGAUGGGCACGAUGGGCCCGUGCGUGCGCCUUGCCGACGUUGCUGCUUCACCGCACUGGCAUGGCUAUUGAGAGGUGCAGGUAGUGCAGCUGCACUGGGGCCCACUGGCUGGGCUAUAACCAGGGGAGGGUGGGGGGGGGGAAUUGGACUGCCCCCCCCUCAUUUCAGUCUUUGCACGAGGGGCCAUGCCACCCACGUAGUAGCCACUGCUAAAACAUUUUGCCAGAGGUCCUUUUUGUUUGACUUUGUUCCAACAAAAACGUAAAAACGUUCCGUCGCUCGCGUGAAACGCGGUGCCGCCAAAGCGUGCUCAUUUACCCCGCUGCGGUGCAGCUGGGGUAGCCGUAAAUGUCACGGUGCACCGAGUUGUACAUCUCUCUCGCUCUCCUCGUUAUUUUCAGCGCCGGUUUUUGUUUCCCCGUCGUGCGAAGUGAAUGGUUUUCUCGGAGCGCGAUGGCUUUGCUCUCGCCGAGCCACGGAAAUUAUAAUGACCCGCUGGCUGCAUUAACGCUGCGGCUCGCGGUGAAGCGCUUUCAGAACCAGUUAAUUGGGUGAAUUAUUCAACGUUGUGAGCUAAAAGUAAGCCGGUUUGUUCCGCAAUAAAUAGCGGCGUUGCAAAUGCUCCACCUGACGAAGGCUGCUAUAAUGAGCCCCAUUGCCGUAUAAUAAUCACCUGCUGGUGCUCCAGCCGUAGUUAUACCGCCUGCAUACAAUGCUGUUAGCGAAAGGAAGUGAUUUCCCCCCCCCCCCCCCCCAUAUGUAUUUUAUUGAAAGGGAGCUUGGGUAUAAAUAGAUGGGGGGUGGUUGUGGUGGGUGGUGACUGCCCUGUUUUACGUGGAAACGCACAGCGGGUCGGACCCUCAGGGUUGGGAGCAACGAUUUGCCUUCGUGUAAACGACGCUUUGCGAGAUUUAAUUGUGUUUCCAUAUCCAUGUACGCAACCGGUAUUUAUAUAAUAUAAUACAACAGCAGGAGGUUUUGCCUCGCUCUCGCAAUCGUCGCUUCCACUUGAAUUUGAAUGAGCUCAUGAAUCGCGUAUGUGUGUAAAUAAAGGAACUUGCGAAUUUGGUGGUGCCUUUUGUGAGCCCGAUAUUGUCAACUG